GGAACGUCCGAACUGGACGCCAUAUUGUCAUGUCAGGAUAGACGAAAGUGGUAAACGCAGAUCGCGUUUUGUUUCAUUAAAUUUCUUAAAGCGCAGGGUGCAUUGCUGCAUCCAAAGAAUCAUGAGCUAUCAGAUACCAUCAUCGCAAAGUCGCACAAUGUCGCACAGCAGCUAUGGUGGGUCUGAUGUGCCUAUGGCACCAAGCAAAGAACAGCAGACUUUGAUGUGGCAGCAGAACUCCUAUCUGGUGGAUUCUGGUAUCAAUUCCGGAGCAGCUACUCAGGUGCCUUCACUUACUGGCAAGGAAGAUGAUGAGAUGGAAGGAGACCAGCUCAUGUUUGACCUGGAUCAGGGCUUUGCUCAAGGUUUUACCCAGGAGCAAGUUGAUGAUAUGAACCAGCAGCUAUCACAGACUCGCUCCCAGCGGGUCCGUGCAGCAAUGUUCCCGGAGACACUGGAGGAAGGCAUUGAGAUCCCAUCCACUCAGUUGGAUCCUGCUCAGCCAACUGCAGUACAGCGCCUUGCUGAGCCCUCGCAGAUGCUUAAGCAUGCUGUUGUUAACCUGAUCAACUAUCAGGAUGAUGCUGAUUUGGCUACCAGGGCCAUUCCUGAGUUGAUCAAGCUCUUGAACGAUGAAGAUCAAGUGGUAGUCUCCCAAGCUGCCAUGAUGGUGCACCAGCUCUCCAAGAAGGAGGCGUCUCGCCAUGCUAUCAUGAACUCUCCCCAGAUGGUGGCAGCUCUGGUGCGCGCCAUCUCCAAUAGCAAUGACCUUGAGACCACCAAGGGUGCUGUUGGAACUCUGCACAACUUGUCUCAUCACCGACAAGGUCUACUCGCGAUCUUCAAGAGCGGCGGAAUACCAGCUCUGGUCAAACUCCUGAGUUCUCCUGUUGAGUCUGUUCUCUUCUAUGCGAUUACAACUUUGCAUAAUCUCUUGCUACAUCAAGAUGGUUCCAAGAUGGCGGUUCGCCUGGCUGGUGGACUGCAGAAGAUGGUAGCACUGCUGCAGAGAAAUAAUGUCAAGUUUCUGGCUAUCGUGACUGAUUGUCUUCAGAUCCUGGCAUACGGGAAUCAAGAGUCUAAAUUGAUUAUUCUAGCCUCUCAAGGCCCGAUCGAAUUAGUGCGUAUAAUGCGCUCCUACGACUAUGAAAAGUUGCUGUGGACUACCUCCAGGGUAUUGAAGGUGCUUUCGGUGUGCUCCAGCAACAAGCCGGCGAUCGUGGAGGCGGGCGGCAUGCAGGCGCUGGCCAUGCACCUCGGCAACCCCAGCGGCCGCCUCGUGCAGAACUGCCUCUGGACCCUUAGGAACCUCUCCGAUGCCGCUACCAAGGUGGAAGGUCUGGAGGCCCUGCUGCAGAGCCUGGUGCAGGUGCUGGCCUCCACCGACGUCAACAUCGUCACCUGCGCCGCCGGCAUUCUCUCCAACUUGACCUGCAACAACCAGCGCAAUAAGGUGACGGUGUGCCAGGCGGGCGGCGUGGACGCACUGGUGCGCACGGUGGUGUCGGCGGGCGACCGCGAGGAGAUCACGGAGCCGGCGGUGUGCGCGCUGCGCCACCUCACCUCCAGACACCUCGACAGCGAGAUGGCUCAGAACGCCGUGCGACUGCACUACGGACUGCCGGUGAUAGUGAAGCUGCUGCAGCCACCGUCGCGCUGGCCGCUGGUGAAGGCGGUGGUGGGGCUGGUGCGCAACCUGGCGCUCUGCCCCGCCAACCACGCGCCGCUGCGCGAGCACGGCGCCGUGCACCACCUCGUGCGCCUCCUCAUGCGCGCAUUCAACGAUACACAGAGGCAACGGUCGUCAGUAUCGGGUAGCGGCGGCGCGGGCGGCGCGUACGCGGACGGCGUGCGUAUGGAGGAGAUAGUGGAGGGCGCGGUGGGCGCGCUGCACAUCCUGGCGCGGGAGGGACUCAACCGCCAGCUCAUCCGCCAGCAGAACGUCAUACCCAUCUUCGUGCAGCUGCUCUUCAAUGAAAUUGAAAAUAUACAGCGCGUGGCGGCGGGCGUGCUGUGCGAGCUGGCGGCGGACAAGGAGGGCGCCGAGAUGAUAGAGGCGGAGGGGGCCACCGCGCCCCUCACCGAGCUGCUGCAUUCACGUAACGAAGGAGUGGCGACGUACGCGGCGGCGGUGCUGUUCCGCAUGUCGGAGGACAAGCCGCACGACUACAAGAAGCGGCUCUCCAUGGAGCUCACCAACUCGCUGUUCCGCGACGACCACCAGAUGUGGCCCAGCGACCUCGCCAUGCAGCCCGACCUGCAGGAUAUGCUGGGCCCGGAGCAAGGCUAUGAAGGCUUGUACGGCACUAGACCAUCCUUUCACCAGCAAGCAGGCUACGAUCAAAUCCCGAUAGACUCGAUGCAGGGGCUGGAGAUCGGCAGCGGCUUCGGUAUGGAGAUGGACAUCGAGGCGGAGGGCGGCGGCGCGCCCGGCGCCGACCUCGCCUUCCCCGAGCCGCCGCACGACAACAACAACGUCGCCGCCUGGUACGACACCGACCUGUAGGCACUACUACUGGCAUUGUACAAUCAGGGAAACUACCGGUGCUCAACUUUAAAACUAAAAAUGUAAUUGGUAAAAUUAAAGACGGCUCAACUCAAGUUUUAUCUGUGACGGCACUGAUUAGUUACGGACCCAUCGGGGUCCUUCUGAGACGCCUUUAAUUUCGCCUAAUUGUCUCACGAAAGUUUGCAAUUUAAUUACAAAUGUAACGUUCGUAAGAUAGGGGUUUCUUACCACGAUUGGGUUUUACGUUUGUAAACCACGACUCUAAAGUAUGAACCUGAAACCAUCUUGCGAAUUAUAUUUGUAAAAUCCACAACAGUUUAAAGUGUAAAACUCCAGCUUGAAUGUCUAAACGUUGAGAUACAGAAUAAUAGGACGCAUUCUUAACCCUUAAUUCGACAGUGAAAUACUAAUUUAAAAUUUUUUUUUUAUUCAUAUCACAUUCAUAUUUCAUUUAUGUUUUUUUUUUUUUUACAAAAACCCUUCGUCGAAUUAAGGGUUGUAAGAUCCAAGCAUAGUUUUAGAAAGUUGCAUACCGCGGAUUUCCGUGAUUGUACAUACGUUUAGUUAGGUUGACGUCACUGACGGAACAAUAUUUGUUAUUUGCUGUCCAUCAUGCUGUUUCACAUUUUUAAAUUUUACACUAUUAUCGAACUGAAUUUAUUCAACAAAAUGUACUGGACAAUUAAAGUUUACUAAUCCUAGUUUUCUAUCAAUAGAAAAUUAAAAUAAUAUUGUUUAUAUUUAACAAGAUAAAAUUGAUGUUUCUAUCAUUUAUGUAUUACUGAAAUGUGUUUGUUACGUGUUUUUAAUUAAUUUUUAUAUUUCCUCCAUUUAAAGAAACAUAAACCAGGUUUUUAAUAACUUAGCAUAAAUACUAAUAAUGCAAAUCUACAAUUUUUUUUUCCAAAAAACCUGUGAUCACAUUUACUAACGGCAGCUACUUUUUCCUAUGUUAAAUUCAAAUUUAUUUUAUUAUAUUAAUUGGCAUUGGUGCUAUUAACCAAGGAAUUAAGGUUUUUCUCAACAAAAGUAUCGAGUUUCCUGCAUCGAUUGUAUCGGAACGUUUUAUACGACUUGAAAUCCGUGUAAUCGGAACAUAGGGUAAUGUUAGUGUAAGUUUUUUCUAGGCUUUAAAUUAUUAGUGUAAUUUAG